AGAUGCUGCUGGUCACCUCCAACCCCUACGACUACGGCUACGUGUCCCAGGGCGAGGUGACCGUGGCCUCCAUCGACGACGCCGAGGAGCUGCUGGCCACCGACAGCGCCUUCGACGUGCUGGGCUUCACGGCGGAGGAGAAGGCCGGGGUGUACAAGCUGACGGGCGCCAUCAUGCACUUCGGCAACAUGAAGUUCAAGCAGAAGCAGCGGGAGGAGCAGGCGGAGCCCGACGGCACCGAAGACGCCGACAAGUCCGCCUACCUGAUGGGUCUGAACUCGGCCGACCUGCUCAAGGGGCUGUGCCACCCGCGCGUCAAGGUGGGCAACGAGUACGUCACCAAGGGCCAGAGCGUGCAGCAGGUCUACUACUCCAUCGGCGCCCUGGCCAAGGCCGUCUACGAGAAGAUGUUCAACUGGAUGGUGGUGAGGAUCAACAACUCGCUGGACACCAAGCAGCCCCGGCAGUACUUCAUCGGCGUGCUGGACAUCGCCGGCUUCGAGAUCUUCGACUUCAACAGCUUCGAGCAGCUCUGCAUCAACUUCACCAACGAGAAGCUGCAGCAGUUCUUCAACCACCACAUGUUCGUGCUGGAGCAGGAGGAGUACAAGAAGGAGGGCAUCGAGUGGGAGUUCAUCGACUUCGGCAUGGACCUCCAGGCCUGCAUCGACCUCAUCGAGAAGCCCAUGGGGAUCAUGUCCAUCCUGGAGGAGGAGUGCAUGUUCCCCAAGGCCUCGGACAUGACCUUCAAGGCCAAGCUCUACGACAACCACCUGGGCAAGUCAGCCAACUUCGGGAAGCCACGCAACGUCAAGGGCAAGGCCGAGGCCCACUUCUCGCUCACCCACUACGCCGGCACCGUGGACUACAACAUCCUGGGCUGGCUGGAGAAGAACAAGGACCCCCUCAACGAGACGGUGGUGGGGCUCUACCAGAAAUCCGCCCUCAAGCUCUUGGCCAGCCUCUUCUCCAACUAUGCCGGGGCGGACUCCGGUGGUGACGGCGGGAAGGGCAAAGGAGCCAAGAAGAAAGGCUCCUCCUUCCAGACGGUCUCGGCUCUCCACCGGGAGAACCUCAACAAGCUGAUGGCCAACCUCAAGACCACCCACCCCCACUUCGUGCGCUGCCUCGUCCCGAACGAGCGGAAGCAGCCGGGUGUGAUGGACAACGCCCUGGUGAUGCACCAGCUCCGCUGCAACGGGGUCCUGGAGGGGAUCCGCAUCUGCCGCAAGGGCUUCCCCAACCGCAUCCUCUACGGGGACUUCCGCCAGCGGUACCGCAUCCUGAACCCCGCGGCCAUCCCCGAGGGGCAGUUCAUCGACAGCCGCAAGGGCGCCGAGAAGCUCCUGGGCUCCAUCGACAUCGACCACAACCAGUACAAGUUCGGGCACACCAAGGUGUUCUUCAAGGCGGGGCUGCUGGGGCAGCUGGAGGAGAUGCGGGACGAGCGCCUGUCCCGCAUCAUCACGCGCAUCCAGGCGCGGGCGCGGGGGCAGCUCAUGCGCCUCGAGUUCAAGAAGAUCGUGGAGCGCCGGGACGCGCUGCUGGUGAUCCAGUGGAACCUGCGGGCCUUCAUGGGCGUGAAGAACUGGCCCUGGAUGAAGCUCUACUUCAAGAUCAAGCCCCUGCUGAAGAGCGCCGAGACCGAGAAGGAGAUGCAGAACAUGAAGGAGGAGUACGGGCGGCUGAAGGAGGCCCUGGAGAAGUCGGAAUCGCGGCGGAAGGAGCUGGAGGAGAAGAUGGUCUCCAUGCUGCAGGAGAAGAACGACCUUCAGCUCCAAGUGCAGGCUGAGCAGGACAACCUGAACGACGCGGAGGAGCGCUGCGACCAGCUGAUCAAGAACAAGAUCCAGCUGGAGGCCAAGGUGAAGGAGCUGACGGAGCGGCUGGAGGACGAGGAGGAGAUGAACGCCGAGCUGACAGCCAAGAAGAGGAAGCUGGAGGACGAGUGCUCGGAGCUGAAGAAGGACAUCGACGACCUGGAGCUGACCCUGGCCAAGGUGGAGAAGGAGAAGCACGCCACUGAGAACAAGGUCAAGAACCUGACGGAGGAGAUGGCGGGGCUGGACGAGACCAUCGCCAAGCUGGCCAAGGAGAAGAAGGCCCUGCAAGAGUCCCACCAGCAGACCCUGGACGACCUGCAGGCCGAGGAGGACAAAGUCAACACCUUGACCAAGGGCAAAGUCAAGCUGGAACAGCAAGUGGACGAUCUCGAAGGCUCCCUGGAGCAGGAGAAGAAGAUCCGGAUGGACCUGGAACGGGCCAAGAGGAAGCUGGAAGGUGACCUGAAGCUGACCCAGGAGAACAUCAUGGAUCUGGAGAAUGACAAGCAGCAGCUGGAGGAGAAGCUCAAGAAGAAGGAGUUUGAGAUCCACCAGCAGAACAGCAGGAUCGAGGACGAGCAGGCCCUGGCCCUGCAGCUCCAGAAGAAGCUGAAGGAGCUGCAGGCGCGGAUCGAGGAGCUGGAGGAGGAGCUGGAGGCGGAGCGGACGGGCCGGGCCAAGGUGGAGAAGCAGCGCUCUGAGCUGUCUCGGGAGCUGGAGGAGCUCAGCGAGCGGCUGGAGGAGGCCGGAGGUGCCACCUCGGCGCAGCUGGAGCUCAACAAGAAGCGGGAGGCCGAGUUCCAGAAGCUGCGGCGGGACCUGGAGGAGGCCACGCUGCAGCACGAGGCCACGGCGGCCGCGCUGAGGAAGAAGCACGCCGACAGCGUGGCCGAGCUGGGGGAGCAGCUGGACAACCUGCAGCGCGUCAAGCAGAAGCUGGAGAAGGAGAAGAGCGAGCUCAAGCUGGAGCUGGACGACCUCAGCGCCAACGUGGAGCAGCUGAUCAAGGCCAAGAACCCCGAGGCAGCUCCACCUGACCUGCCCCCGCCCUCGGUGCCACCUUCCCCUCCGGCCCAGGCCAAGAACGCGCUGGCCCACGCGCUGCAGUCGGCCCGGCACGACGGGGACCUGCUGCGGGAGCAGUACGAGGAGGAGACCGAGGCCAAGGCCGAGCUCCAGCGCCUGCUCUCCAAGGCCAACUCCGAGGUGGCCCAGUGGAGGACCAAGUACGAGACGGACGCCAUCCAGCGCACCGAGGAGCUGGAGGAGGCCAAGAAGAAGCUGGCCCAGCGGCUGCAGGAGGCCGAGGAGGCCGUGGAGGCCGUGAACGCCAAGUGCUCCUCGCUGGAGAAGACCAAGCACCGGCUGCAGAACGAGAUCGAGGACCUGAUGGCCGACGUGGAGCGCUCGAACGCGGCCGCCGCCGCCCUGGACAAGAAGCAGAGGAACUUCGACAAGGUGUUGUCCGAGUGGAAGCAGAAGUUCGAGGAGUCGCAGACGGAGCUGGAGGCGUCGCAGAAGGAGGCCCGGGCCCUCAGCACCGACCUCUUCAAGCUGAGGAACGUCUACGAGGAGUCUCUCGAGCACCUGGAGACCCUCAAGAGGGAGAACAAGAACCUCCAGGAGGAGAUCUCAGACCUCACGGAGCAGCUCGGCGCCGGCCACAAGUCCAUCCACGAGCUGGAGAAGGUCCGGAAGCAGCUGGACGCCGAGAAGCUGGAGCUCCAGGCCGCCCUGGAGGAGGCCGAGGCCUCCCUGGAGCACGAGGAGGGGAAGAUCCUGCGGGCGCAGCUGGAGUUCAACCAGGUGAAGGCGGAGUACGAGCGCAAGCUGGGGGAGAAGGAGGAGGAGAUGGAGCAGGUGAAGCGCAACCACCUGCGGGUGGUGGAGUCGCUGCAGACCUCGCUGGACGCCGAGACCCGGAGCCGCAACGAGGCCCUGAGGCUGAAGAAGAAGAUGGAGGGAGACCUGAACGAGAUGGAGAUCCAGCUCAGCCACGCCAACCGCGGCGCCAACGAGGCCCAGAAGCAAGUCAAGGCUCUGCAGGGCUACCUGAAGGACACGCAGCUGCAGCUGGACGAGGCAGGGAGGGCCGGGGAGGAGCUGAAGGAGAACGUGGCCAUGGUGGAGCGCAGGAACGCGCUGCUGCAGUCGGAGCUGGAGGAGCUGCGGGCGCUGGUGGAGCAGACCGAGAGGGCGCGCAAAUUGGCCGAGCAGGAGCUGAUCGAGGCCAGCGAGAGGGUCCAGCUCCUCCACUCACAGAACACGAGCCUCAUCAACCAGAAGAAGAAGAUGGAGGGUGACAUCUCGCAGCUGCAGGCGGAGGUGGAGGAGGCCGUGCAGGAGUGCCGGAACGCCGAGGACAAGGCCAAGAAGGCCAUCACCGACGCGGCCAUGAUGGCCGAGGAGCUGAAGAAGGAGCAGGACACGAGCGCCCACCUGGAGAGGAUGAAGAAGAACAUGGAGCAGACCAUCAAGGACCUGCAGCUGCGCCUGGACGAGGCCGAGCAGCUGGCCCUGAAGGGCGGCAAGAAGCAGCUGCAGAAGCUGGAGCUGCGGGUCAGGGAGCUGGAGAACGAGCUGGAGAGCGAGCAGAAGAGGAACGCCGAGAGCGUCAAGGGGCUGCGCAAGUCCGAGAGGAGGGUCAAGGAGCUCAGCUACCAGACUGAGGAGGAUUGG